CUCAUCACAUUCACAUACCUCCUUCUCUCUCGCAAGAACACACACACACACACACACACAGAUCGAUGGAUUUCCUUAUGGUGUUUCUCAGGUUAGCAGACUGGGCUGUAUACCAGCUGCUAGCUAACUCAUGUUACAGAGCCGCAAUGAAAGUUAAAAACCAUGGCUUUUUCUUAUUAAGAAACCACCCACCUCAAAAAUCACCACACCACCAGUUUCCAUUGUUCCCUAGCUUCACAUCAUGUUGCUUUAAAAAAGAUCAACAACAAACCGUAGUCUGUGACAUUCAAAAUACCAUACUCUUAAACUCAAAGUCUUUCUUUCCAUACUUCAUGUUGGUUGCUUUUGAAGGUGGUAGCAUACUCAGGGCAUUCAUCUUGUUGUUAUCCUAUCCUUUGUUAUUUGUUCUAGAUCAUGAGCUAGGUCUAAGGCUAAUGAUAUUCAUCACCUUUUGUGGGCUUAAGUUGAAGGACAUGGAGAACGCAGGGAGGGCAGUUUUGCCCAAGUUUUACCUUGAGAACUUGAACCUGCAAGUUCAUCAGUUCUUUGUGUCAGCGAGAAGGUUUGAAAGUAGGGUAGUGAUCUUUACGAGGGUGCCAAGAGUGAUGGUUGAAGGAUUUUGUAAAGAAUACUUGAGUGUUGAUGAUGUGAGGGGGACCGAGUUGCAUAGUAUUGGGAAAUAUUUUAGUGGUUUUGUGUCAAGUUCGGGUGUACUUGUAAAGCAUAAAGCAGUGAAAGAAUUGUUUCAAAAUGAGAAAAAACCGGAUAUUGGUAUUGGAAGUAGUGGUCUUCAUGAUCAACUCUUUAUCUCCCAAUGCAAGGAAGCUUAUGUGGUGACAAAAGAAGAUGGAAAGAGGAGUGCAAGAACAAUUAUGCCAAGAGAAAAGUACCCGAAGCAUUUAGUCUUCCAUGAUGGAAGGCUAGCCUUCUUCCCAACACCAUUAGCGACCUUAUGUAUGUUUCUAUGGUUUCCUCUUGGCAUUCUGCUUGCAAUUGUCAGGCUUUGUGCAGGCAUCUACUUGCCUUACCACAUCGCACGCAUCAUAGGGGGUUCAACAGGCGUAAAUAUAAAGAUUGAAGGUUGUGAUUACUCAUGGGAGAAGAAAAACAAACGAAACGGUGUUCUCUUUGUUUGCACACAUCGAACCCUUUUGGACCCUGUCUUCUUAACAAUGACCAUCGGAAAGCCGUUGACAGCUGUUACUUACAGCCUAAGCAAGAUGUCGGAGAUGAUUUCACCGAUAAAAACUGUUAGGUUAACAAGAGACAGAAAGAUAGACGGAGAAACCAUGCACAAGCUACUGAGCGAAGGUGAUUUGGUUGUUUGCCCUGAAGGGACAACUUGUAGGGAGCCUUAUUUGUUGAGGUUCAGCUCAUUGUUCGCAGAGUUAACCGAUGAGAUUGUGCCAGUUGCGAUGAACACACAUGUGACCAUGUUCUAUGGGACAACGGCUAGUGGGCUCAAGUGUUUGGACCCUAUUUUCUUUCUGAUGAACCCUAGACCAACGUACCAUGUUCAAGUGCUUGGAAAAUUGGCUAAGGAGCUUACAUGUGGCGCUGGAGGUAAGUCUAGCCAUGAAGUGGCUAACUAUAUUCAGAAAAAACUUGCAGGUGCUUUGGGGUUUGAAUGUACAAAUCUUACUAGAAGAGAUAAGUAUUUGAUGUUGGCUGGAAAUCAAGGGAUCGUUGAGGAUCAUAAUAGUAAAAGUACAAAAUGCCCAUCUAGUUAAUUAGUAUCUUAGUAUUUUCAAGAUCAGUCUUUUGGUGUUCCCAUUAAUUAUUAUUUUGAAUAUAUUUAUUUGAAACACUGUUUUUAUGUUCAACCUCUCAUGUAUUAUAAAAUUUUUUCUUUUUAUUUUCC